AUGAGGAACAUACGGAAAUUUUAUAUUGCUUUUGUGAUAUUUACGAUCAUAUGUUACAAUUGUGCCAAUGAAUUAAAGGCCGAUGAAAAUGAUGAUGAAAUCAAUGGAAGAUGGCGUAGACAUAGUAAAAAAUCUGAAAGUGAAAGUGUUAAAAAGCAAAAACAACAACAGCAGCAGCAGCAGCAACAGCAAGAAGACUCCGAAGAAUUAACCAGGUCUCAAUUAGCACGUUCGCCAAGUUAUGCAGUCAAUACGCCUAUUGGUUUAACAACACUACAAUCCAAUGCGGAGCCUAUGCGAAAUCUAUUGCAAAAUGUUCCCUUGCAAAUUGACAAUCCCUUCAAUGCUGGAGGUGUACCCAGUUAUGCCUAUAACUAUCCUUAUCCAGGUCAAAUAGUACAAGGACUUCCUUCAUUGGGCCAACCAGGUUAUUUAUACGGCAAUCCUAAUAUGGCUUUAAAUGGUGGUGUACAACCCUUGGAUCAGGUCAAUAAUAAUCUAAUUGGUCAACAACCUCUGUCAGACUUUGGAAAUGGCCAAUUACCUUUUCAAAAUGGUUAUGCUACAAAUUUCAUGGGCUAUGGACAACCAGGUCUACAACAACCUGGACAGCAGCCUUAUCCUCCUGCAUAUGGUAAUCAUUUAAUGGGUUAUAAUCCAUUUCAUCCAGGACAACCUGGCUUACAAAAUAAUUUUGCUACAAAUGGCGAACAGUUCAACAAACCAAUGACACUUCCAGGAUUUCACCAUAUGUUUGGCCAACAAGGACCAUUACCAGGUAUGCCACCAAUGAAUGGCAACAAUCACAUGAGUUCAUUAACAGCAGAACCAUCAGGAGCAGGUCAUUUUCCACAACCUUCAAUAUUAAAUCCUUUAUUGGGAAUGAUUCCAUUCGGCGAACCACCCCAAAAUGGUGUAAAUAAUGGUUUUGGAGUCCCUGGUGGUCUUUUUCCAGGAUUUAUAAGAAACCAGCGUUCUUUAGAGGAUCUUAAUGAAAAUGAAUAA